GGGGCCGGGCGGCGCGGACUGCUCCCCUUGCAGGAAAUAAGGGCCGAGUCGCGGGGAGAAGCGGUCGGUCCGUGUUGAUUAAAGUUGCCCCGCGCGGGGGGGGCGGGGCGCGGCGCGGCGGCGCCAUGGACACGGACGCGGGGCGGCUGCUGGAGGCGGCGGACUUCGCGGCGCGGAAACACGCGGGGCAGCGGCGCAAGGACCCCGAGGGCACCCCCUACAUCAACCACCCCCUCGGCGUGGCGCGGAUCCUGUCCCACGAGGCGGGCGUCACCGACAUCGUGCUGCUGCAGGCGGCGCUGCUGCACGACACGCUGGAGGACACGGACACGACGGCGGCGGAGCUGGAGCGGCGCUUCGGGGCCGAGGUGCGGCGCCUGGUGCAGGAGGUGUCGGACGACAAGGCGCUGCCGCGGGCCGAGCGCAAGCGGCUGCAGGUGGAGCGGGCCCCGCGCUGCUCCGCGCCCGCCGCGCUGCUGCAGCUGGCCGACAAGCUGUACAACCUGCGCGACCUGCAGCGCGCCACGCCGGCCGGCUGGUCGGAGCAGCGCGUGCACGAGUACUUCGCGUGGGCGGCGCAGGUGGUGCGCGGCCUGCGGGGCACCCACGCGGCGCUGGAGGACGAGCUGCGGCGGCUCUUCGAGGCGCGCGGGCUGCAAGAGUGAGGCCGGCGGGGUCCCUCCGCCCGCCCGCCCGCCCGCGACAAUAAAGGCCGUGAAUGCCG